UGUAUCGAUGUUCAUAGUUGCAAAAAUGGCAGCCGCCUUGAGAGUAUCGUGUGGAAUUCAACGUGCAAUUAAAUUUGGAAGAUUCUUGACAAGACCGUCAAGUUUCAGACCAAAAAAUGUUACAAACCCAAACAGAUACAGAGAACCGUCCGCGUUCUCACAAAAUGCUCACAUCCGAUAUCUUUCGUCACAUGCCGCUACUGCGGAGAGCUCGCCGGAUCCGGAGCAUCACAGCAUCAUAAAAGACACAGAAAAAGCUACAGGUCAAAGUGAGAGGCAUGAAUUUCAAACUGAGACCCGACAGUUGCUCGAUAUAGUGGCUAAAUCCCUCUACUCUGACAAAGAGGUUUUCAUCCGUGAAUUAAUAUCCAACGCCAGUGAUGCACUUGAAAAACUACGGUACCUAGGUUUGAGUGACUCAGCUAAUGUACCAGCUGCUGCGAGCCAAAACCUUGAGAUUCACAUUGCCACUGACAAACAAAACCGCAUACUCACCAUCCAGGACACCGGAGUUGGCAUGACUCGUGAAGAACUUACCUCAAAUCUUGGUACCAUCGCUAGAUCUGGUUCAAAGGCCUUUCUUGAACAAGUGAAAAAUAAACAAGGAUCUCCAGGUGAUCCAUCAGCGAUUAUCGGACAAUUCGGGGUCGGAUUUUACAGCGCGUUCAUGGUUGCUGACAAAGUCGAAGUGUUUACAAAAUCUUAUCAAAACGAUUCCGAAGGUCUUCAUUGGGUAUCCGAUGGGUCGGGGACCUACGAAAUUUCUGCCGCUGAGGGUGUUCAGUCAGGCACAAAAAUAGUUCUUCAUUUACGUACCGAUUGUCGUGAAUUUAGCGAUGACGCAACUAUUAACAACGUCAUCAAAAAGUACAGUAAUUUCGUCGGCAGCCCAAUCUUCGUCAAUGGGAAACGAGCCAAUGUCAUCCAGCCUCUAUGGAUGUUAGAGCCGAAAGACGUUAAGCCCGAGGACCAUGUACAAUUCUAUAGAUUUGUGGGCAACAGUUUUGACGAGCCGAGAUUCACUCUGCACUAUUCCACCGAUGUGCCGCUCAGCAUCAGAGCCCUUCUAUAUUUCCCGGAAGGAAAACCUGGGCUUUUUGAAAUGAGCAGAGACACGGACAUUGGCGUUUCUCUUUACAGUCGUAAAAUUCUGAUCAAGAGCCGGGCAGAUAAUAUUCUACCAAAAUGGUUGCGCUUUGUAAAAGGUGUCGUUGAUUCUGAGGACAUUCCAUUAAACUUGAGUCGUGAACUCUUGCAGAACAGCGCUCUGAUCGGAAAACUGCGAAAUGUUCUCACAUCACGAAUUCUACGAUUCCUUUAUGACCGGUCUACUAAACAGCCCGAGGAUUAUGCAAAAUUCUAUAAAGAUUAUGGCCUAUUCUUAAAGGAGGGUAUCGUUACCAGUCACGAUCAGCAAGAAAAGGAGGAAAUUUCAAAAUUAUUGAGAUUUGAGUCGUCGACUUCAAAAUCCGGAGAAUUGGUGAGCAUUCCUCAAUAUUUGUCUCGUCUAGCAGAAGGGCAACGAGAUGUGUAUUACCUAGCAGCCCCUAGCCGUACUUUGGCUGAACAGUCACCGUACUAUGAAGCACUAAAAAAACGCAACGUCGAGGUGCUGUUUUGCUAUGAACCAUAUGACGAGCUGGUUCUGAUGCAGCUUGGACAAUUCAAUUCGCAUCCCCUGACUUCUGUCGAAAAGGAAAUGCGGCAUAAUAAGGAUGACGAAAGUCAACCUGAAUUUGGUGGCUUGGAAAAGUCAGAAGCAGAUCGGCUAGUUAACUACAUCGAAAAGGCAUUGAAAGGUAAAGCUUUCAGUGUUAAAGUGACCAAUCGUCUGGAAUCACAUCCGUGUGUGGUCACCGUCGAAGAUAUGGCUGCAGCCAGACACUUUAUUCGUACUCAAAGCCAUCAGCUCAACAGCGAGUCGAGAUUCACCCUUCUCCAGCCUCGGCUAGAGAUCAAUCCCAAACAUCCCAUUAUCAAGAAACUAGCACAACUAACCAAUUCUGAUCAAAAAUUAGCAGAUCUGGUCACAGAACAGUUAUUCGCCAACGCCAUGGUUGGAGCUGGAUUGAUAGAGGAUCCACGAACUUUAUUGAGCUCAAUGAACGAGCUCUUGACGCUGGCCUUAGAAAAACACUAGGAUUACCAGCUGAUACAUAAAAUAAAUUAUUUUAAAUCUUCUGAUGAAAAGAAAAACUUGAAGACACAUUUCAAAGUUACUACCUAGCAGGUUCAGAUCAAACCGCAACAAUAAACAUUGUAUAUAAAACCGUGACUCGUUACAAUAAAGCAUUGGUUUUUUUUUUUU